UAAUUUCAUGGCACAGGUACCACAGCAAGCCAGUGCUGUGUGCUCCGAGUUCCAGGGCAUCCUCCAGCUCAGCCACUGCACUGAGCACAAGGACUGUCUGUGGGGCCCAGGAGCAGGAAGUCACCCCUUUGGGGCCCACAACACCCGGCCGUCCCCACACUUGUGUCCAGGGAAGAUCAUGUCGAGGGCCCUGAAGGAGAGUGGGGCAGGGAUGCCUGAGCAGGACAAGGACCCUAGAGUCCAAGGGAGUCCUGAUUAUCAGAGAAGGGUCCCCGAGGUCACCGGGGAUGCACGCUCUGCAUUUAGGCCCCUGCGGGACAAUGGAGGCCUCUCUCCCUUUGUGCCCAGGCCCGGGCCUCUGCAGAGAGACCUCCAUGCCCAGAGGUCAGAAGUCAGAUAUAAGCAGAGAUCCCAGACCUCCUGGACGAGCUCAUGCACCAAACGCAAUGCCAUCUUGAGCUCCUACAGCUCCACGGGAGGCUUCCCGUGGCUAAAGCAGAGGAUGGGGUCAGCCUCAUCCCACUGCCAGCUGACCGUCAGGUCCUCAAAGACAGCGAGUGAGGACAGGCCUCAGGCUGUCUCCUCAGGUCACACCCGGUAUGAAAAGGCGGCAGAUAUAGCACCAGGGCAGACACUUGCCCCCAGGAAUGGCUCCCCAAGAUCCCAGGCCUCUAGGCCCCGUAGACGCAAGUUUCCCCUGAGGCCACGCAGGCGAGGGGAGCCCCUGAUGCUGCCGCCUCCCUUAGAGCUGGGGUUCCGGGUCACUGCUGAAGACCUGGCCCGGGAGAAGGAGGCGGUGUUCGAGUGCAUCAACAGUGUACUGCGGGGUGAGCCCAAGGCCAUCUGGGACUGCAGAGCCUCACGGCCUUCCCACGCUUCGUCCUCACUUGCAACAGGGGCUUCUGGUCUGCCUGCUGUCUCUAAAGCACCCAGUAUGGAUGCACAGCAGGAGAGACACAAGUCCCAAGACUGCCUGGGCCCAGUGGCCCCCCUAGCAUCUGCUGCAGAGGUCCCCUCUACAGCUCCUGUGUCUGGGAGGAAGCGCAGACCAUCAGGCCCCCUGUUCUCCUCCUCAGAUCCCCUUCCUGCCACCUCUUCCCACUCCCGGGACUCAGCCCAGGUCACCUCGCUGAUUCCUGCCCCCUUCCUAUCUGCAAGCAUGGAUGUGGACAUGAGAAGCCCAAGCCCUGGCACUUCUGGAGCCAGUUCCAGCCCUCCAGCCACACCCAUGGAAAUUGAGAGUAGUGAGGUCGACCCAGGUCUGCAUUCCGUCAGAAGAAACCCUUUAAAGAGAAAGGCCCAAUGGUAAUAGGGCACGGGGGCGGGGGGCCUGAACACCAGGGGGCCCCCAAGGCAGCGCACUUCCAUGGUGACUGCGGGACCUGGCACGGGGAGCAACUCUGUUGGGUGGCACUUUUGUCUUUACUUUCCAUCACAUCCCUGGGGGACCAUUUAAGCCAACACCCACAAUUGCAAGUCGGGGAUCCAGUGCCACUGCAAACAAGGCAGGCUUCACGUGCAAGUGUGGCCCAGCUUCUGACCCUAGCAACCCCACUUCCCGCGUGGGCACAGCAAGGAGGAACCUGGCCUCUAAGGCUCCCUCAUGCGCUGUCAGGAGUUCUGCUGGACACAGGUCCAGUGGGCCAUCCUCCAGAUCAUCCUUCUCCAUGUGGGGCUUUUGAGCCCGUCAUAAAUUCCUUGCUUAGAGUGAGAUCCAGAAGAGUUUUCUCUAGGUUUCCUUCCAAGAUUUUUGUAGUUUCGUAUCUUAACAUUCACAUUUAAGUCUUGAAUCUAUCUUGAAGUGAUUUGUCUAUAUGCUGAGAGAUUAAGGGUCCAGUUUCAUUCUGCAUGUGGCCAUCCAACCCUCCUAGUACCAUUCAUUGAAGAGGGUGUCCUUUCCCCAGCGUGUGUUUCUGUCAGCUCUGUCAAAGAUCAAUUGGCUGUGAAUGUGUCUGUCUUUCUGGGUUCUCUCAUCUGUCCCAUUGAUCUAAGUGUCUAGUUUUAUGCUAGGAUUAUACUAUUUUGGUUACUAUGCACUUGUCAAAAAUUUUGUAGUUCUAAUUUGCAGUGAAAUGGGAUGCCUCUAGUUUUGUUGUUUUUGCCGAGCAUGACUUUCGGUCUUUGAGCUCUUUUUUGGUUCUUUUUUAUGAAUUGUAGGACUUUCCAAUUCUGUGAGUGAUGACAUUGGUAUUUUGGUAGGGGUUGUAUUGAAUCUCUAGACUGCUUCGGGCCGUGUGGUCAUUUUAAUGCUAUGAAUUCCUUCCAUGAGCAUGAAAUGAUUGUCCAUUUCUUUCUGUCCUCUUAAACAUUUUCAUCAGUGUUUUGUAGUUUUCCUUGUAGAAAUCUUUCACCUCCUUGGUAAAAUCUCUUUUGUGGCAUACAUUUUUCCAUGUUGUUGCUAUUGUAAAUGGGAUUGCCUUCUUAAUUUCUUUCCCAACCAGACCAUUAUUGGUGUAUAGAAAUGCUGCUGAUUUUGUUGUUGUUGUUGUUGAUUCUGUAUUCUGCAAAUGACUGUAUUAAUUUAUUUAUCAAGUCUAGGGGUUUUCUGGUGGAGCCUUUACAUGUUUCUAGAUCCAAGAUCACAUCUUCAUCAGACAAGAAGAAUUCGAUGUCCUCUUUUCCAGUGUGGAUGCCUUUUAUUGUUUUCUCUUGCCCGAUUGUGUGAUGUCGAAUAGGAGUGGUGAGAACGGGCAUCCUCGUCUUGUUCCUGUUUACAGAGGAAAUGCUUUCAACUUUUCCCCAUUCUGUAGUAGGUUAGCUAUGGCUUUGUCAUAUCAGCUUUUAUUAUUUUCAAGUACGUUGUUUUGUUUGUUUGUGUUUUUUGAGACAGAGUCUCGCUCUUGCCGCCCAGGCUGGAGUGCAAUGAUGUGAUCUUGGCUCACUGCUACCUCCGCCUCCUGGGUUCAAGCGAUUCUCCUGCCUCAGCCUCCUGAGUAGCUGGGAUACCUGGCGCAUGCCACCACGCCUGGCUAAUUUUCGUACUUUUAGUAGAGAUGGGGUUCCACCACGUUGGCCAGGCUGGUCUCGAACUUCUGAAAUCCGGUGAUCCACCCACCUCAGCUUCCCAAAGUGCUGGGAUUACACUCGUGAGCCACUGCACCCAGCCCUGCCAUUUUCAGGUAUGUUUCUUCUAUACCUAGUUUAUUUGUUCCUUUUUUCAAGACAUGGUCUUGCUGUGUCUUUCGUGUUGGAAUACAGUGGCAUGAUCAUAGCUGCAGCUUUGAACUCCUGGGCUGAAGCCACUUCAGCCUUCUGAGCAGCUGAGACUAGCAGUGCAUGUCACCAGAGCUGGCUAGUUUUUAUUUGUUUGUAGAGAUCUAUGUUCCUCAGGUUGGCCUUGAACUGUUGAUCUCAAUUGAUCCUCCCAGCUCCGCCUCCCAAAAGCACUGGGACGACAAGCAUGAGCCACUGCCUGGCCCAGAGUCACAUUUUAACAUCACAUCCUCACUGCUGGGCUCAAGUUUUGGCAGUGACUGAAAACCCUAAGGGAGAGUUUCUGGUCAGGGCCGGCCCAGUCUGUGCAUAGGAGGGGAAUGGAAAAAUGGCCCGUGGAUGGUUCUUUUGGAGAACUGGCCAGACAAGCACUGAGAUGCCGUUUCCUGGAAUACAGGGCCGUGCCAUGUCCAGACCAGCUGCCAGGUCCAGGGCCCUCGGCAUCAUCUAGUUUGGGAGCUCAUUCAGAAGUGGCCUCAUUUACCCAAAGCAGCUGGUCUCCCUUCCAAUCUGGUCCCAUUUGAGAGAUGCAACUGGGCCCUGUCUUCCAGGAAACCAUUUCAGUGCGUGUCUGUCUUUGUCCCCGCGCUGGCUGGCCUCUCUGUACCGUGAGAACUUGGGUUAUGCAAGGCUCUGCCUGUCAGCUGAGCACCAUGAAGCAGCUCUCUUCUGUUCCAGUGAGGCCAACCAGGCUCCAACACCCCUGCCCCGGGUCUGACCAUUCUCCCCCUCACCCAGAAGUGACCUUCAACCCGAUCCUGCUCCCUGUCUUCUGGCAGCUGCUCUGGGGAAGGGCAUUUUGGCCUCAAGGGCUUAGCAUGUCAUUUUCUGUUUUCUGUUUAUCUUUCCAGAGCUGUUUGAGAUAGCCCAUGUGUUAGUCCAUGUACUGCUUCUUCAGAAGGCAAUCAGGGCUUUCUUUCAGGGGUGGGUAUAAAAGUUCUUGUGGCCAGGCGCGGUGGCUCACGCCUGUAAUCCCAGCACUUUGGGAGGCUGAGGCGGGUGGAUCACGAGGUCAGGAGAUCGAGACUAUCCUGCAUAACAUGGUGAAACCCCAUCUCUACUAAAAAUACAAAAAAAUUAGCUGGGUGUGGUGGCGGGCACCUGUAGUCCCAGCUACUCGGGAGGCUGAGGCAGGAGAAUGGCAUAAACCCGGGAGGCAGAGCUUGCAGUGAGCCGAGAUCGCACCACUGCACUCCAGCCUGGGUGACAGAGCAAGACUCCAUCUCAAAAAAAAAAAAGAAAACAAAACAAAAAAAAGUUCUUGUGACAUUUGUGUAUGAAAUCAGCCUUCACUACAUGGAUAGGACCAGCACGCUUCCGCAGCACGACUCUGCAAUCUUACUACAUUAAUUUUUUUAAUUUUGUAUUUUAUUUAUUUAUUCCUUUUGAGACAGAGUCUCACUCUGUCACCCAGGCUGAAGUGCAGUGGCGAGAUCUCGGCUGACUGCAACCUCCACCUCCUGGGUUCAAGUAAUUCUCCUGUCUCAGCCUCCCGAGUAGCUGGGACUACAGGCACAUGUCACAACUCCCAGCUAAUUUUUGUAUUUUUAGUAUUUUAGAUGGGGUUUCGCUAUAUUGGUCAGGCUGGUCUCGAACUCCUGACCUCAGGUGAUAGACCUGUCUUAGCCUACCAAAGUGCUAGGAUUACAGGUGUACAUUUAUUUAUUUCUUUGAGACAGAAUCUUGGUCUGUAUUUAUUAAUUUAUUUGAGAUGGAGUCUUGCUCCAUUGCCCAGGCUAGAGUGCAGUGGUGCAAUCUCAGCUCACUGCAACCUCUGCCUUCCAGGUUCAAGUGGUUCUCCUGACUCAGUGUCCCGAGUAGCUGGGAUUACAGGUGCCUGCCACCACGCCUGGCUAAUUUUUGUAUUUUUAGUAGAGACAGUGUUUCACCGUCUUGGCCAGGCUGGUCUCGGACUCCUGACCUCAGGGACCACCUGCCUUGGCCCCCAAAGUGUUGGGAUUACAGGCCUAAGGCACUGUGCUUGGCCAUAUUUAUUUAUUUAAUUAUUUAGAGACAAGGUUUUGCUCUGUCACCCAGGCUGGAGUGCAGUGGCGCCAUCUCAGCUCACUGCAGCCUCCGCCUCGGAGGUUUAAGCGAUUCUAAUGCCUCAGCCUCCUGAGUAACUGGGACUACAGGUACGCACCACCACACAGGGAUAAUUUUUUCUAUUUUUUUGUAGAGACACAGUUUCACCACGUUGGCCAGGCUGGUCUCGAACUCCUGACCUUAGGUGAUCUGACAGCCUCGUCCUCUCAAAGUACUGGGGUUACAGGCAUGAGCCACCGCACCCAGCCUCUCACUACAUUUAAAUGACGCAGUGGCUCACAACUGUAAUCCUACCACUUUGGGAGGCCAAGGCAGGUGGAUCACCUGAGGUCAGGAGUUCGACAUGAGCCUGGCCAACAUGGGGAAACCCCGUCUCUAGUAAAAAUACAAAAAUUAGUCAGGCGUGGUUGUACAAGCCUGUAGUCCCAGCUAUUUGGAAGGCUGAGGCAGAAGAAUCACUUUAACCAGGAGGCAGAGGUUGCAGUGAGCCAAUUUCAUGCCACUGCACUCCAGCUUGGGUGACAGAGUGAGACACCGUCUCAAAAAAAGAAAAAAAUAUGAUGCCGGGGCGUCUCGGCCUGAAUACCUGCACGAGCACAGUCACGUCCAGGCCAGGGCUGCCGGUCGAGGUCCAGCCCCAUCCUUCCAGCAGAAAGGGAGCAAGUUGCGGUGCGGCUGGGAGACAAGAUCCCAGGAUCUCAGCCUCUGCUCAUGGAUCAGCUCUGAGAUCCCGAGUGAGCUGGGGGUGCUCUGUGCGCAUUGGUUUCCCCAGCUGUCAAGUAAAGGGAUUGGAUGAGGGAGUCUUGUCGAGGUGGAAUGACCUCAGAUUUGGGGCAGCAGCGAAUGAUCCCGCUCCCUGGGCCAUGCCAGUGGCCCAGCCUCGGCUGAACACAGCCCCAACACUCUGGAAUGGGGAUGAGGGGGCAGUCAGCUCUUGCUCCUAGUAAGAGAGAUGCAAUAGGGCUCUGUGGCUGAGCUAGGUGCCUUGCCUCACACCUGUAAUCCCAACCUUUGAGAGGCCGAGGCGGGAGGAUUGCUUGAGGCCGGGAAUUUUGAGAAUAGCCUGGACAACAUAGCCAGACCCCAUGUCUACAAAAUAAGAAUAAAACAGGUGCAAUGGCACACAGCUAUAGUCCAAGCUACUUGGCAGGCUGAGGCAGGAGGGUCCCUUGAGUCCGGGUAUUGGAGGCUGCAUUGAGCUAUAAUCGCACCACUGCACUCCAGCUUGGGUGACAACGUGGGACCCUGUCUCUGAAAGAAAAAACAAAUCGGCCUGUGAGCAUGGGUUUGAUUUUCAAACAGGACCCGGAGGGUAGGGACAGACAGUGCUGUCACCCUUAGGUGCUGAACACUCAGAAACCCGCCAGUGGCAGCCCUUUCCUCCCCUGCAGACACAAGAUUGCGCAGAACAGCACGUGGCACUGGUAGCUCUUGCAGUGAGGGCAGAACCCAGUGUCAACCCUUCUGCGUGUGGGAGGGGCUGCGGAGGCCUGCGGAGAGGCCAGGGUGGAGGCUCGUCCCCUUGUCCAGCCCUUGGUGUGGUCUCCACCAGGUCCCCAGCCCACCAGUGCAGGGCGCCCGUGAGCCUGCUGCUGCCACGGGCCCUGUCUCUACCCAGGACGUCCCCACACCCUCGCAGUGUCAGGGAAAUGAUCAUGGUGGUGGUGGUGACACUCCGCAGGCAGGGCUGCUGAGAGAAGCUGAGAAGGGUCACACUGCAGGCAGGGGCCCGUGUGACAAGCCCCUCUCACCCCGAGAGAGCUGACCAGGCCGCUCACGAGCAGAGCCACAUCCCGGGAGUCCGAGAAAGGUCCUGGCUGGGCUCAGCCACCUCACCGGCCACGGGCAGCCUUUGUCGUGUGAGCCUUGCUCUCCUGGGGAGGCUCAGGCUGAUGGCUGACGUGGGCAUUGCCGAGGGCAACCUGUGGCCCAGUGGAUGUGGCCAGGUCUCCUCAAGUUGCAUUCAUUGAAGCAGGACCCAGGGUGCAUGCCCAUCUCCAGCCCAGGGCAGCUCCCCUGUAAGUUGGGUGAGCUACUGAAGCCAAGGCGGGAGGCAGCUGACAACACCCAAGGCCCAUGCGGAGGUGGUGGAAAGGCUGGACUCAGCAGCAACACCAAAUCCCGGACCAGGCAGAAACCACCCAAGACUGAGGGGCUCGUGCCAGAGCGGUGGCCACAGCCCCACCCCACCGGCUCAGGGCUUCUUCCCAGCGGCGCUCAUCAUGGAAUCAAUAUGCACGCAAGUCGUCUCAGGAAACUUUUUAAUGAAAGUGUCGGCAGUUCUUUCCCCCACGGUGGUGUGUAGGUGGCUGAGCUCAGAUUGCAGCUGCUAAGACACCAGCCACUUACCGAGAGGAAGCCAGGCUGCUUCAAACCCAGGGCCCGAGGCAAAAAAGCAUCACUUCUGGUCGGGGAGUCUGGAAGCCAUGCCUUGUGGGAGGUCACACUGGCAUCUAGGCCUUUGCCUGCACUGCAGAAGGAGAGCCGGGUCCCCCUCCUGGAGAACGCCGUGUUCCCCAGCCCCGCACCGGCUUUGCCACCACACAGGC